GAAACAACCGAGAGAAAAAGCUCGCCCCGGCACGGCAAAUACCUCCCUGCUGCUCUGCUCCCUCCUCGGCUUCCUCUUCCGUCUCCCAUCUCCGCCUUCCCAAGCUCCCGUCGUGACAAAGCAAAACACGUAGUCGGCAGCAAAGCGACGCGUGUCCGUCCCGCGAUGGCCACGGCGGCCGUGGCCAGGCACCACCACCAGCAGCGGAGUGCGCAGCGGGAGCGGUGGCGGGGGCGGCGCGGCGGGAUACGGUGCUCGUCGCCGGCGCAGGAGUUCGCGUCGCUGGCCGCGGUGUUCCGGCGGAGGCUGGUGGUCGGGGCCACCACGGCGGCGGCCGCGGCGGUGGGGGCCAACUUCGGCGGCGUCACCAGCUUCCUGCUGAGCCUCUCGCCGGAGCUCGGCCGCUCGCUCCGCCUCGACGUGCUCUACCCCGUCGGCGGCUUCACGCGCUGCCUCGACUCCGACAAUGGAUUCGAAUUCAUCUAUCCAUCAAGUUGGGUUGGAGACCAGACUCUACUGUACAGAGAAGUGAAGAAGGCAGAACUGCAAAGAUCACUAGACCCACCACCGCUGCCAAAUGGAAAAUCACCUCGGAACAUCAGUGAACCUGUGGCAGCUUUCGGUCCCCCUGGAUCCAGUGGGGAGCUCAACGUCAGUGUCAUUGUCUCACCUGUACCACGAGACUUCUCGAUUGAGGCUUUUGGUAGUCCAAAAGAUGUGGGGGAAGUGGUGCUCAGAAGGAUUGCAAGGACAAGGCGAAGCCCAGAUAUCAAUGCUACUCUUAUCGAUGCUGCCUUGAGAGAAGACGCAGACAGUGUGAAAUACUACAAGCUAGAGUUCCGAGUUGAAAGCCCUUCUUUCCAACGACACAAUGUUGCGGUCUGUUGUGCAAGGGAUGGCAAGCUUUACACCAUGAAUGCACAAGCACCAGAAUCGGCAUGGAAAGCAGUUCAGAAGGAGUUCUUUGCAAUGGCGGAUUCGUUCAGCUUAGUGAACGAUGCUUGAUACAGUUAGGCACACGCAGUUUUGAACCCCUGAGCGUUUUCACCAGUAGUUUGCAAGUUCUCAAUAACGAGAUACCAUGGUUUGGUGUAGAGAACUAGGACAAUUGUAUCAUAAAAAUGUUUCUGUUAUACCUUACAAUCAUGUCUGAAGUUUUCUUCUGCAUGCAUUGGAUAGAGAAUCAAAUCAUAUUUCAUCAAGUUACUUCAAA